AGCCGCAUCAGUUCUGCUGACCCCUCUUGCUACAGACAUGGCGAGGAGUGCGGCGUCCCUGAAGCGGGACCCGAGGUUCGGGGUCGACUCCCGCUGGAGCUGGGUGACGGCGGGGUUCCUGAGCUGGGUGCUGUGCGGAGCCCUGAUGGGUCAGCAGGCGGCGGGCGUCAUAUUCUACGGCAUCAUCGAAGCCUUCGGCGUCACCAGGCAGCAAGCUUCGUGGCCACCCGUCGUCAGUGGCAGCCUCCUCGCCUUAGGAGCCCCCGGCAUGGGAUACUUGUGCAGGCGUUUCUCGUGCCGGGCUGUGCUGCUCGUCUGCCCACUGAUCGCCAGCGCUUCCGCCUGCAUCUGCUUCUUCGCCAACGACGUCCUCUUCCUCGUCGUUGCCUUCGGCUUCGUUCACGGCACUGCGGUAUCUGGCGUGUAUGUCGCAGUAAACGUGCUGGUAUCACAGCACUUUGAGAGGCGGAGGACGACCGCUUGCUGCAUGAUAUUUCUGAUGAGCGGCCUCAACCUGAUCUACGUUCCGCCCCUCACCGAGCUGCUGCGUUCCACGUACGGUCUGCGAGGUAUGCUCCUCCUUCUGGGCGGAAUCAUACUCAACGCCUGUCCCGCUGUCAUCGUCCUCCGAAGCCCCGCAUGGAUGAAGCGACCAUACGUACCUCCCGCCAGCAACGGCGUUGAACUCGCCAGGUACAAAGCAGCAACCGGAGGUUUGCAUCACCCGAGCGCGUUCCAGGACGAAAGCAUAACUCCAGUAGAAAAAAGUCAUGUGGAGCGAAACCAACCAAGAACCGAUCUGACUGAAGUUCGGAGUGUUCGAAAUGGCAUAAAACAGGUGAUCUUGCGUACCAUGCACCAAGAAUCCACGAAGACUGCACAGUUCAACAAUAUGGACAACGAAGGCUUCUUUUCUGUCCUGAAGCCGUUCGCUACGGUUGCCUUCGCCAUCAACGCUGUGUCGUUCACUGUAGUGGUGUUCGGACUAACGACGUUUUUUCUCCUUCACGUCGACAUGGCCGUCGACAGAGGCGUCGCGCCCGCACGUGCUGUGCUUCUCCUGAACGCCUUCGCGGCCGGCGACCUCUUCUUGAGACCCGCGAGUGGCGCCGUGAUCGACUCGGGACUGCUAAGCCUCGAUACGGUGAUGCUCAUGGGUUACGUGAUUCAGGGCUGCGCCUUCGAGCUCUUCGUGUGGCUCAGAAGCUUCCCGCUGAUGCUGGUGUGUUCGACGCUGAUAGGAGUCAGCAACGGAAGUCGCAUCGCACUGCAGGCGCCGUCUCUCACGAGGGACUUCGGAGUCGAAUCGCUGCCCGUCUUGAUGGGCGGACUGGUGUUCUGCCAGGGCAUUGUACAUUUCACCAGGCCAUUCUUGUUCGGUUACUACCGAGAUCGCCAGGGGUCCUACAACGGGAUUUUUCACGUUGUGGCUGUCUUAAAUGCUGCCCUAGUAUUCGUUUGGUUAGUGAAAGUUAUCUUGAGAAGGCGGACAACGGAACGGAAAACGCAUAUCGCCACCAGGCUUUAAAAAAAUGUAAUUGCUAGUCCAA